UAUAAGAGACGGCUUUCCCAGAUUCACAUAUUGAUCUGAUCGGAUUAGGCGUCCGAUCUUUGCUGUCAGACUUUUUCAGCAUCAACCAGAAAUGGGAUACUUGCUGUGGGGCGAUCCGUAAAACUGGCGCCCAACGUGGGGACAACACCUGCAAACCGUGUCCCAUCUGGAGCCAAUUAGCCUCAUCCCUACGGCCAGAAGUAACAAGCGUGUGACUCGAGUCCUUGCUGUUUUUAUCCGUUGUGGCAGCCCGCUGUGUCAUGUCCCAUCGGCUUGCACCGUGCCACUUGCGGGUCAGAUCCGAUUUGACAGCUCUGGAAUAAAAAGGUCAUUUUGACGCGGAUUGCUCCACUUGUGUCACUUUGCGUGUCUGUCACGCAGUGUUGACUUUGGCCUCGUUUGUCCACAUCGAGGUCGCUCUCCAAUCUGGCCAAUCUCUCCAUCCAACCCACCCUUGCGACAGCUUGCAAGUUCUGUCGUCGCCCUCCCUGGAGGAUGAGCGAUGAGUCCAUGUUGGACUAUGAGCUGCUCUCGCUCCGCCGGGCCGUCCGUUCGCCAACGGGGUCCCCAGCAGCCCACCUCUUGGUGGCACACACCGAGCAAAGGACGGCCUUCGCGUUCGUGGGUCUACUGAUACUGUUUUUGAUUUUCCUGUUGGUGCGUUGCUUCCGGAUCUUGCUGGACCCCUACAGCCGAAUGCCUGCUUCGUCUUGGACCGAUCAUAAGGACGGCUUCGAGCGGGGCCAGUUUGACUACGCCCUGGUGUAGUCACAUGACCGAAAGACGCCACCUGCCUUAGCCCAACCUGUGGCCCGACUCCAACCCUGUAGCCAAUUUCACUAACACUGUCACGGCUUCGAUUCCCAGGGAACGCACGUGCCAUGUAUACCUUGAAAUGUGCUCUGGGUGUAAACAUAAAGAACGCUACUUUCCGAAUUAACAGGGUCGUCCGAUUCUUCUGCUGUAGCUACAUCCUCAGGACGGUCUACAAUGAAUACACAUUAAGUCAAUGGUUCAAGGUGCCCGACAUGAUGUUCACUGUGAAGUGUUACUACUCGUUGGCUACUGUACAUACUUCAUCAUUACUGUAUAUAUAUAUCUUAAUUGUAAAAGUUUUUAACUUUUCAGUGGAUCUUAGUAGAUGACAUUUAAUUUAACGCAGCUGAAAACGAGGCUGUAAUGGAAGUCGAUCAUUGCUAUAAAUUGAUGUCGAUCGUUCAACUAAUGAAAUAUGGCUUUACGAAAACUUUGCAGUCGGCAAAAAUAAUAAAAUCGCUAAAUGUGUUAAUUUGUGUCAACCAAACUAGACGAUGACUUGACUUAGAACUUUUGGUCCUUAAAUUUGUAUGUAAAUCAACAAAUGGGUUUAAUGAACAAUUUACACUAUAAAAAUCAAUAAACUGCCACUAAAUUGUUUCUUUGUUAAUUGUUGCAUUGAAUGCAACAAACAGUUUCAACAAUUAACACCAUAAAAAUCACUAAAUUGUUACUUUGUGAACUGUUGCACUGAAUGCAGUUUCAUUCUGUAAAAAUUACUAAACUGUUGCUAAAUUGACGCAUUAUGUUAAAGUGCCCCUAUUAUGGGUAAUGAAAGGUUCAUAUUUUGGUUUUGGGAGUCCCCAACAACAGGUUGACAUGCAUGCAAGGUCAAAAACACUUUCAUUGUCUUAAAAUAUGCAUUUAUUUUUUCCUUUUUUGCUCAGUGAAUCCCAAAUGAUUCGUUUAACGAUUCAUUUUCCAAACUCACCCCAAUGUCAUCCAAGAUGUCUCCCUUUGUUCAGUCGCAAAUAAUUUAUCAGUCGCAACUUAUGUAACGAAAUGAUCUGUCAUUUUCUUAAAAAAAAAAAAUA